CCUCCCCCUUCUGGCUAAUUGUAUAUCGCCACCGUCUGGUGAAAGAAGACGUUCUUUGAGUUCGGUCAUUUUGCCCGGCGGCUUCGUUGAGGUUGUGUGCGACUCGACGCGCUUUACGCACGUGCGCACGUGUUCUGGGUAGUAGAAUUCGUCUUCUCGAGGUCAGGAGUAGACUUGGCAGCAAUUACGAGUACAGCUGCGAGCGAGGUGUUUUACAUCAGCUAGUGGAAGAGAGAAAAUUAUGGCAGACUACGUGUUAGGCGGUGUAAAAGCUGCGGACGUGCCGCUGCCGGACGAUGGGAUGUCGGCCGAGCGUCUGUUCGCCGCUGGUGAUGGUCUCACUUACAACGAUUUCAUCAUUUUACCGGGUUACAUAGAUUUCGCAGCGGAGGAGGUCGAUUUACUGUCACCAUUAACCAGGAAAAUUAUGCUAAAAGCCCCGCUCAUAUCCUCUCCUAUGGACACCGUUACCGAGUCCGACAUGGCCAUCGCGAUGGCUCUCACUGGUGGAAUCGGUAUCAUACAUCAUAAUUGCACACCUGAGUAUCAAGCCAAUGAGGUGCACAAGGUGAAGAAGUACAAGCAUGGCUUUAUCAGAGAUCCGGUUGUCCUUGCACCACAUCAUACGGUCAAAGAUGUCUUGAAUGUGAAGGCUGAGCAUGGUUUCAGUGGAGUACCCGUUACAGAUACCGGCAAAGUCGGCGGUAAAUUGUUAGGCAUUGUCACGUCCAGGGAUAUCGACUUCCUCGAAUGCUUGCCUAAUUAUCAACACAAAAGUCUUAGCUCAAUUAUGACAACUUUGGAGAAUUUGAUCACGGCACCAGCCGGUGUGACGCUGCAAGAGGCGAACGCCAUCUUGGAGAAGUCCAAGAAGGGGAAGCUUCCCAUUGUGAACGAGCGGGGAGAACUGGUGUCUCUGAUGGCGAGGACUGACUUGAAGAAAAAUCGUAAUUAUCCGAAUGCCAGCAAGGACGAGAACAAACAGCUGUUGGUAGGAGCUGCCAUAGGGACACGCAGCGCGGACAAGCAACGGCUGCAUCAACUCGAAGCUGUCGGCGUGGAUGUGGUGGUGUUGGAUUCGUCCCAGGGUAAUUCGAUGUAUCAGAUCGAGAUGAUCAAGUAUAUCAAGUCGCAGUAUCCGGAUCUUCAAGUGAUCGCGGGUAACGUCGUGACCACGAUGCAAGCGAAGAAUCUCAUCGAGGCGGGGGCGGACGCGUUGCGCGUCGGUAUGGGUUCCGGCUCGAUCUGCAUAACGCAGGAGGUAAUGGCGGUAGGACGGCCACAGGCGACAGCUGUCUACAAGGUUUCCGAAUACGCCAGGAAAUUCGGCGUACCCGUCAUAGCAGAUGGCGGUAUACAAUCGAUCGGACACAUUAUCAAGGGUCUUAGUUUAGGUGCCAGCACGGUGAUGAUGGGCUCUCUGUUGGCCGGGACGUCCGAGGCUCCGGGCGAGUAUUUCUUCAGCGACGGGGUUCGUCUUAAAAAGUACAGGGGGAUGGGCUCGUUGGAAGCCAUGAAUAGGAAGGACGCGAAGGGCUCGGCGAUGGAUAGGUAUUUUCACAACGAAAUGGACAAGCUGAAGGUAGCUCAAGGUGUUAGUGGCUCCAUAGUGGACAAGGGCUCGGUGCUCAAGUUUCUACCUUACCUGACGUGCGGUAUCAAGCACAGCUGUCAAGACAUCGGCGCGAGGUCGCUCUCCACCUUGCGAUCCAUGAUGUACAGCGGGGAACUGAAGUUUGAAAGAAGAACGCACUCGGCUCAACAAGAGGGCAACGUUCACAGCUUAUUUUCCUACGAAAAGAGGUUGUUCUAAUCACGCGAUCGUAAAACACAUGCGUCACACGAAAAGGUACCUGCAUUUAAUUCAACUGUACCGCUGCUGCUGUCAGAGUACGGUUGUUUCACAUUCGCGAGAGAUGGUGAAAAAUCUCACAUUAUCCGUCAUGUGUAUACGGAAUGAGUCACGACCUCGUAUAUUUGUACGCGAGAUGAAUCGUUUACCUCAGGAUUGCUCUUAAUCAAUAAAGACAGGUGACAAAAGCGAACAUUAUUUACAAAAGUUUACACACAGAGUUCUUGUAAGUAAUCACUGCGAUUACUCUGAUUAUUCUGUUUCGUAUAUGUACUUAUCUAUAUAUAUAUAUAUAUAUAUAUAUACACAUAUAUAUCUGGAUAUACACAUAUAUAUAUAUAUCUUUAUACAAGACACUUUUAAACUCGAAUGUGGACAUUAUACAUCUCAGCGAGCCAUAUAUUGAAAUCGUACAGAUCAGUGAACGUUAUGAAUGCCGUUGAGUUAUCCGACAUAUAAAUAUCGACGAAUAUCAACUCUUUUGUGACUAACCAGACAAUUUUGCAAAGUGCGCGCGACUGCUAUGUAUCAAUAUAUUUUAACAUCGAGGAGGUUUAAUUACCUACAAAUUGGAUAUUAGAGUAAAUACUAAGACCAAGGAUCACACACUAUUUUACUACAUAAUUUAUGUAGUUUAAUCUUUUUUGUUCUCUGAUCAAUUAUAAUGUUAAUGCUUCUAUAAGUGCCCUGUUCCUUGAAUAUUUCUUGAAUGAAGAAGAAAUCAAACAUUAGCUUUGACGCAAGAAUUUUUAUCCGGAAAUAUUAACUUUCUCUGUAUAGCGAUAUUAUUUCGAAAAAUAACGUUCUUUCUUCCAGAAGAUCCUGCCGAAGCAAUUGAGAAUUGAUUAACCAUCUUUUAAAAUGCUCGUCCAUUCCUAAGACGAUAUACAUUAGUAUUUCGAGUAGUCUAACGUAGCUUAUUGAGCUAUAUUUUUGUAAAAUUCUUCAGUUUUUUUCUUUCGAUAUAGCAAUUUCAUACUAGAAAUAAUGAUAAGUUAUUUCCUGAUAGUAUUAAGUCGAAUUUAUCGAGACCUUUUUGUGCCCCCGAUAUUGUUUCGUAGCUGAUAUAUUUUAUACAGUAUUGUUAUAUAAUAAACUGUAUAUUCUGAAUAAAAGUCAAUUGGAUGUUACAACA